CUAGAGAAGAAGGAACAUGGCGUUGUGUUGUUUACGUUUGUUUGUGUUGAUAAUUUCAGAAUUUCCUUAUUUGUGACAUUUGAGUGAAUUUGUUAGCGUAUUUUGACUUUGAAUUGAACAAUCGUAAUCGUUAAGUGUCCUAAUCAUGGUGCGUAACUGUUUUGUAUGCAGAAAAACUGCAUAUUUACAUCCAGAACUGUCAUUUCAUUCGUUCCCAGUAAAGAAUCAACGGCUGGAUAUGUGGUUGUCUAUAUUCAGCUUAAAUAAAGAACAAAUAACCAAAACUUCUAUGGUCUGCUCAGAACAUUUCAGAAAGCAGGAUCUAAUUAAACAACCAAGUGGACGGAUUAAUUUGAGGAAAGGAGCCCUUCCAAUAAACAUUUAUAAUAAAUCACCAGAACCAAGGUCUUAUAUAGAGGUUGAAGAGGUAGAUAUUAAGGUUCCUAUUAGUCCAUAUGAUGCCCGCAGUUUAAAUUCUGAAACUGGAGAAUUUCUUACUAGAAGACGAAGAUUAUCAUCCAGCAGCUCAAGAACCCAAACAGCUAGCAGUGAGUCGACUUUAACUGCCUCAGAAACAGAGGAAUUGUUAGUUAAUGAAAAUAUUGAAGGGCAUGGUUCAGAUAGAGAACUACCAGUUAACAAAAUUAAGAGUGAGCUAAAUUCGUCUGCCUCAGAAACAGAGGAAUUGUUAGGAAAUGAAAAUAUUAAGGGGCAUGGUUCAGAUAGAGAAUUAUCAGUUAAAAAAAUUAAGAGUGAGCUAAAUUCGUCUGCCUCAGAAACAGAGGAAUUGCUGGGAAAUGAAAAUAUUAAGGGGCAUGCUUUAGAUAGAGAAUUACCAGUAAAAAAAAUUAAAAUGAGAAAACAUUACGUGGGGGAUUUUUCCAUAUCAGAUUUAGAUUCACCAACAACAAGGCAAAUGUAUAUAGAAUCAGUAAAGCAAACUUUAGCCAAAAAGGAUAAGCAAAUUAACACCCUUUUUAAAUCUAAUAGAAGAUUGAAAAAACGAGCAGAAAAAUUAAACUCGUUGGUGAAGUCAUUAAGAGAAAAACUGUCUGCUUCAGAAAACUCUGUUUCUAUGUUGUUGGCCUCUUGGCCAGAAGAAGAAAAAGAAGAUUGUUUCAGUGGUUUUUAAAAGGUGCCAAAUAUGAAACUUUGAAAUGGUACCAAACUGUUGAUGGGGUACCCGGAUUUUCUAAAGAAGCUUUAAAUGCUUUGAAAAACAAAGUUGAAGAGACAGGAAAGCAAAAAACACUUGUAUGUAAUUUAGUACUGGAUGAAAUGUUUAUUUCUAAGCAAGUGGAAUGGGAGGGGAAAGAUUUACUGGCAGAUAAACCAUACAAGUGCGAACUUUGUGUUCUUUGGAUAGAAAAGAAGAAUCCAUAGCCAAUGAAUAUUUUUUCAAGUUUGAUAAUCUUAACGGUGUGCUUCCCGAAACCACGUGUAAAAAGACCCCCAAAGAUCCGCCAAGUGAAGGUAAACACUUCGUGCAGAGUCUUCAUGCUUUAAUCAUUCACUGGUGGUAUGUUGAUUUUGACACCAAUUUAGAAUCUGAUGAGUCUUUUUAGAAUAUGAGUUAACAAUACCACCAAAAUCUAAUGAAGAAAUUUACGAACGAUCUUCAAUUCCUUAAACUUCAAAAGUUAUUUUACCGCUAACUGAUUCUUCAACAUCCUUAGAAUCAGAUAUAAAAAAUUACACUUCGGACAAUAGUAACGUAUUUUUUCAAGCUGAGAAUUUUUAUUUGAAAGUAGUCAUUAAUUGAAGCGGUUCAGGAUGUUUAUAACUAUAUUUCCAGGAGUCCAAAAAGAUUAAAAGUAUAUUCACAGUUUCAGGAAUUUUUAGAAAUCAAGCCUCACAAGAUAUUUUAAGUGAAACGAGAUGGUUUUCACUAGAGGCUAUAGUAACCCAAAUUUUAGGGCAAUAGCGAGCACUGAAACUAUUUUUUUUACCGCAGAAGCAUUUGAGGAGGAAGAUUUUGUAAGACCAAGUAAUAUAUUGGAGAAGCUUAAUGACCUUUUAUAUGAACUUUAUCUUACAUUUCUAACACACAUUUUGCCUUUGAUAAACAAACUGAACAUCGAAUUUCAGCCAAAGAAGCCUAAGCUUCAUCUGUUGUUUGAAAGGAUUACAACUGUGUAUAAAACCAUACCAAAAUUUUAUUUGAAAAGUAGAUAUGUUGACUGCCAUAGUAAUGAACUGAUGAUUAAUCCUAUUAACGUGGAUGAGCAUUUACCAAAUGAGAAAAAUUACUUAGGAACAAAAGUUGAAAUUAUUAUUAAGAACAGCCAAUUAAAUGGCACAAAUUUGUUACCUUUUUACAAUAAUUGCUUAAGCUUUUAUACUCAGCUUUGUUUGCAAAUUCGUAAAAGAUUUAAAAAUCUCUCCAAAUUUGAGAAUGGGUUCUCUUGAAGACAAUUUAAAGAAAAACAUGUUACCAUCCACUUUAAUUCCAAAACCUUCGUAUGUUUUUUCGACUACAACUUUCGGUCAAAAAAAGUUUCAACCCAAAUGGCUUGACAGAUGGUCUUGGUUAGCCUACCCUAAAAGCAAAGAUGCGGUAUAUUGUAAAAUAUUUGUGGUGUUUUGUCGUGACGGGAUAGGCAAAUCAAAACAUGAAGCCUUAAUAAAGGAUCCGUUUAACAGAUGGAAAAAUGCUAUAGAAAAAUUUGAGAAACACUGUAUUUCUAAAUAUCACUGUGACAGUGUAAUUCAUGCAAAUUACUUUCUAAAAGUAAAAUUAGGAAACGUUCUUGAUGUUGUUUCUCCAAUUUAUAAAAAUCGUGAAAAGGAGCUUCAAUAAAAUCGUGCGACUCUUAGACCAACCAUAGAAACGAUUUUGUUUUGUGGAGAACAAGAAACAAGAGCUUCCUCUUAGGGGCGAUGACGAUAGUUGGUCAAAUAUUUUAGAAAAACCUAAGAAAAAAGACGGUAAGUUUCGGACGUUAAAAUAUACUAGCCCUGACGUGCAAAUCGAAAUAAUUAAUGUCGCUGCUAUUUUAAUUCAAAAAUAAUUGGCAAAUAAAAUUUAAAAUGCCACCUAUUUUAGCAUACUUGUGGAUGAAACCAGUGAUGUUUCUGGAAUCGAGCAAAUGUCUUUCUGUGUGCGAUAUCUGUCGAUCAACGCCGAUGUUGCGUAAAGAUUUUCUGACUUAUAUCCCCAUAAAUGAUCAAUCAGUUGAAAAUAUAUCAAAAAUUCCAAAACGUUGCUUUUAUCUAGCUUUAGAUAUGAAUAACUGCAUUGGUCAAGGAAAUGACGGAGCCACGAACAUGACGAGUCGUAUAAGCGGAGUACAAUCCAGGAUAAGGGAGAAAUUUCCAAAACAACUUAUGUAUGUACACUGUGCAAGCCAUAGGCUAAAUUUGGCACUAUCAAAUAUAAUGUCACUGCCCUGCAUUAGAAAUUGUUUAGGCAUAGUGAAUGGUUGAAUGAAAUACCUAUUUUUUUUCGUAAUCAUGUACGCGCCGACGAAAUUCUUAAAAUUUAAGUGAAUGAAUGAAUUCGUGAAAUUAAAAAAACGAGAUUGAUUCGUUUAUGUGAAACACGUUUUGUCGAAUGCCAUCAUAGUGUAUUGAUUUUUGUGGAACUUUUAAAACCUAUUGUUAGCAGUUUAGAAAUUAUUUCACAAGAAACGAGAAGUAUUUGUUCGACUGCAACAACACUUUUCGCUGCAAUCGAAAAAAGUGAAUUUAUAAUUUAUUUGCUUGUGUGUGAAAAACUUCUUAGUUUGACGUUGCCACUAUCUAUAUUCCUGCAAAGUCCAUCACAUGAUCUAGUAUCAGCUCUAAAACGUACAAAUUAUAUCAUUUGUGCAAUGGAAGGUAUAAGAGAAAAUGCUGCAUCAUCAUUCAGUGAAACUGUCUUAAGUACGUCAACGCUUUUUCAAGAAUUGUUUGACUGUGAGUUACGAAUCUCGAGAAUUACCAGCUGACAAACGCAGCGGACAAAUUUGCAAACGAAUUCAGUUGAGAAUUACUACUGAAUUUCUGUUUUUAUUCAGUGUACGGAUUAAUUUAUAUCCAAUUUAAAAAUUAGAUUUACCGAAAACGAAAGUAUUCUAUCAGCAUUUCAAAUUCUUUUACCUGGAUUUGCCUCCAGAGAAAGCAACAUUGCCAAAAAAAAAUUGUCUGCAUAUUACUCCCAUACUUACCUUAUAACGAUAAAAGCGGAAAUAUAUGUUAUGGUGCAACUGUAAUACAAUAUCAUCUUUGAAACUAAAUACCGAAGUUUCCUCGUAAUGGAACAUUGUAAUAAAGAUUUUUUUCCAAACAUUUACAAUUUUGGCAACUAUACCUGUCACAACGGCCAGUGUAGAACGUUCGUUUUCAACAAUGAAGCGAGUAAAGGCUUUACCCAGAAACAAGAUGGGAAACGAAAGAAAAGACUCUGUUCAUUGGAUCUUUUGUCCUUUCAUUAUAAUGUUGAAUUAAAGCCAGACGAUAUAUAUUCGAUGUUAUGGCAAAUAACAAAAAUAGACAUUUACUUCUGUAACUACAUUACCUACAUGUAUAGAUGUUUAAGGAUAGAAUUUUAGAUGUACUUGUUAAACUUCAGAAGCUAGAAGGAGAUUCUGCUUAUUUAAUCUAGAACAACCUCUUCAUUUGAAACAACAACCAUUAACUUCCGUGCAUGUAUAAAUCAAAAACUUUAAUUACCUACCCCAUUGGAACACAGUGGUAAGCCGAUAAGUAACAAAAAUGUUUUUAAAAAAACACAUGUUUUACAUUCUAUCUUGCACUUAGUAAAAGUUUUUUGAAAAAGAAAAAAUUCCGUUGAGAAUUUCAAAUUACUUUGAACUCAGUAAUUUAAAAGAAAGAAGUAUGAGGUAUUUUAAGAUAAAGUAUGAGAAGUAUUUUAAUGAGAUAAUUGCAAUUGCAAUUUUUAAAAUAUUAAAUUCAUCAUCAGGACUUUUCAUUCCGGAUGGAAUGUUUACCGCUCUUAUUUAUAUCUCUCUGAUUCGCUUAUUGCGGUGUAUCACUCCGCAAAAUAUUAAAAUAGUUUUUUCAAAUUUUGUCAUAUUAUUUUAAAUACUCAUUAACAAUCUUUAAAUAUUAAUAAUGAGGAGGAAACUUUUGACUAUUUAGGAAUGGAUGAAAGGUAUAUAUAUGUGUUUAAAAUGUUUAAAAUUAAAUGAUAUAAAAUAUAUCGCAAAGCAAAAGUGGAUUUUUUGGGCUUCAUUUCAAAUAUUACAAGUUUGAAAGAAUUAUUACCUAAUGUGCCGGUUCUGUAGAAAUUCGUGCUCAAUACACAACUACUGCCCGUGAUACAUCUAACUUUCAACCAAUACACCAUCCCUAAUAUGCCUUCCGAGCAUUAGUUCUAGAGUCUUCUGUACAAAUGACAUAACACUAAUUAUCGGCGUCGGGGACUUUUUCCUCGAUUUUGCCAGGAUUGGGUGUAAAAGCCACUCUUAUUAGCAUCCCUGUUUUUGGUGUGUUCCCCAGUACUCUGGGCUAAUUAGCAAAAUACAUGGAAAAAUUAUUUACCAGCAAUUUGAUUGCUGGAAUCGAAUCUUAUGAUUGUGUAUAUUAAUAAUAUAGGUAUGCAAAGUCCGCAGAUAGUGUGCUACUUUUUUUUAUAAACAAAAUGUCGCCCAAAAAUCAUGUUUUUUUCAAUUUUUGCUCUAUAACUCCAAAGAUUUUAAUUUUACACUAAAAACAUCCAAAUCAAAAUUCACCGUAAUUAAAUUCUGCAUAGAGACGUAUUUUUCCCGAUUUACUUCGACGAAAAUUUUCCCCGGCAAAUGCGGGGUUUUCCAACAAAAUCUUUAAUUUUUUAACUAAAAUUUUAAGUAAGUAAUUGUUUAUCAAUAAUUAAAUAACUUGGUAAUAUAAAAGCUCUUUUCGUAUAGAUUAUAAUUCCAGAAGCCGAUGGAAAUUUAAUGAACAGUUUAGCAACAAUUGAAUUGCAACAAUUAAAAAUUUACGGUCGCUAUAAUAACCACAAUAAUUAUGAUAUAUUAAGAAUAACUAUGAUUUUUGUAUAAAAAGACACUGUACCUAUCUAAUGUACUUUACAGAAUUGAAAUUGGACUAUUUAAGCGGCCUCAGGAAUAUUUUAAAAUUAUAAACAAUUUUUUGGCUUAUAAACAGAUAGAAUAUCUCGGGAAAUAUUAAAUUAAAUUAAAUCAUGAAAACGGCAUUGGGAAAAAAGCGGCAGUACGCUUCUUCUAAAAGAAAAAACGUUUAAUUGUGAUGAGCGGUUCCUGAGAUACAACCGGUCAAAGUUGACCGGCAUUUACGGCAAACAUAUAAACAAUAGGAUCAUCAUUUUCGAACCAUCACCUUUUUAUUUCGGUCCUCUUUCUCCACACCAAUUUUCAUAUGUUUAAAGUACUCAUAACAUAUAUUAUUAUAAUAAAAACUAUCGAUAUUACGAGUGAAAAUUGCCAAAAAAUAGCAAAAUUCCAAACAAAAAUUAGGUUGGAAAAAAUGUAAUCUCAAAGUUCAAAAUCGGUAUACCUACGUUAAAAAAUGCAUUUUCUCGGCUUCCCAUGGAGCAAUUUCUUCAUUCUUUUUUUGUUCCCAAGUAACUCUAGUAGAGCCAUCUAACUAACGCAUUAUUGAAUGUCAAACUUGCUUUUGUUUUGUUAUAAUAAAUUAAUUUAUUUAUUGUUGUUCUAAAGCUAUUUUCUUGUGGCAUUUUUAUAAUCAAGUAUAUUCAAAUGGGAAAUAAGCCACAAUUUUAAUUUAUUUAUUAUAACAAAAUUUUUAAUUGGUUUAAUUACAGAUUGUUUAAAUAACUAUACAGCUUUUAAAUGAUAAUAUAAUUUGUAUUUUUAACGUUAAAAGGUACACUUGUAGUAAGUUUAUCUAAAAAAAAGUCUACAACUGGAAAAAAUAUGUAGUUUUCUUUUCUUAUAAAUAAAUUAAUCUAUUAUAACAAAACAAAAACAAGUUUGACAUUUAAUAAUGCCAAAUAAAGAUGGAUCUACUCGAGUUACUUGGGAACAAAAAAAUAAUGAAGAAAAUUGCUGCAUGGGAAGCCGAGAAAAUGCAUUUUUUUUACGUAUACCGAUUUUGAACUUUGAGAUUACAUUUUCUCCAAUCUAAUUUUUGUUUGGAAUUUUGCUAUUUUUGGCAAUUUUCACUCGUAAUAUCGAUUGUUUUUAUUAUAAUAAUAUAUGUUUUAUUUGUUGAGUAUUUUAA